UCAGCGUCUCGUCACGCCGCGCGAAUGCGGAAGUUGCUGUUUACUGUUGUGAGUUUGCCGAAAGAAGGCGGCAGCUGGAAGAAACAACUUCUAGCUCUCAAAGUUUUAAGGAACAAUGGAUCUGAAUCACGAGUCUGUUAAAAAGAUUCUUUCUAAGUACAAAUUUCACGAUGUUGCCAUUGAGGAAUUGCAGAAAAUUCACCUUAAUUACCCAGACAUGAAAACAGUCGCCGGCACUUACACAUUUACUGACAGUUCUCAGAAGGACCUGCUGAAGGUGCUGGGAAACAUCCCUGUCAGAUACCAAGGUUGUUUCUACAACUUGCCGAUCCAGUUGUGGCUGUUGGAUUCAUUCCCCUUCACGCCACCUAUCUGCUUUCUUCGCCCCACAGCCAACAUGGUGAUCAGGGAGGGCAAACAUGUGGAUGCCAAGGGCCGAAUCCACCUGCCUGCGCUACACAACUGGGACCAUCCCAAAUCAUCCGUGAUAGUGCUGCUGGAGGAGAUGAUUGCUAAGUUUGAAGAGGAUCCUCCUCUGGCCAUGAAGUCUACAGGAGAUGAAAAAGACCCUAAUGAGCUUCUUGCCAUCGUUUCACAUCUAAACAUCACCGAAGGUGGAAAUCAGCCUGAACCGAGUGUAAAUAAGGUCUCUGUGAUUGGAGGAGGAGACUUGGGGAUGGCUGCUGUGCUGAGUAUAAUGGCUAAAGGUUUUGUGGACAAACUGGUUUUAAUCGACAUACCAGAGUGUUCAACCAAAGCAGGCACCCUGGACUUGGAGAUAUUCAGCCUGCCAAAGGUGGAAGUCUCAAAAGAUCUGUCAGCCUCAGCCGGUUCUAAGGUGGUGGUGGUUACGGCAAAUGCUUGGAAUAAUGAGCAGUCGUUUGUGAGUGUGGUGCAGACUAAUGUGGAUCUGUAUGGAAAGAUCAUCCCGAGCCUGGCUCGCCUCAGUCCCAGUGCAGUGCUGCUCAUCGCCUCUCAGCCUGUGGAGAUAAUGACCCAUGUGGCAUGGAGACAGAGUUGCCUGUCACCUACGCAUGUGAUUGGUGUAGGCUGUAACCUGGAGUCCGAGAGACUCUCUUACAUCCUCAACAUUGCAUUACUGGCUAACAGCACGAGCAAAAAAGCCUGGGUCAUAGGAGAGCUAUCUGACAAUAAGGUCGCUGUCUGGGCUAAUGUAGGAGGGGACAAGCACCAAGUGUUAGUCCCAGUGUCCAACUCCACAAGACCACUGAUAGACAGGGCGUUUGAGAUGUUGAAGGGGAGAGGUCAGAGGUCAUGGUCAGUGGGGCUGUCCAUCGCUGACAUCACACACUCCAUUCUUACAGACCAGAGAAAAACACACUCCAUCACUACUCUGGCUCAGGGAUGGGGAGGUGUCGGCUCUGAGGUGUUCCUCAGUUUGCCCUGUGUGUUAGGAGUGAACGGAUCCACCCGUCUGGCAGGAGUGGCCCUCAGGUCAGAAGAUGACGCCAAGUUGAAGGCGAGCGUCUCGUCUCUGAGCAACCUCAUCACGCAACUGAAGAUUUAGCUCCAAAACCCUCUCAGAUCCCAGCAAAGACUUUCAAAGCCAGCAGCAGCAUCGUAACAGUAACAGCAAAUCCAGUUGCAAAACAAACCGCAUCCAGAUCUCCACUUGCUCGCAGUUCCCUCAAGGCUGUGUUACAUUCUCAGGCUGCAUGGUGCCUUUUGACAAAUGUUUCGCUUCAAGAAACACCCAAGUACAUAGAAGGUAAGAUUCAGAAUGCAGGUGAUGACAGGGACAUGCCCACAUUUCUUUUAUCCAUCUUCCUAUCAGAAGUAACUAACAUGAACAACCUUCAUGUGUGCGCUUUAUUAAAGGUUCAUAUGGAGAGGAGUUUUAAACAACAAUCGCAAUAACACUCAGAAGAUAUCUCGAUACACUGUUACUGUACUUUGCACUUCCAUGUUUGCUUGUAUGUUUUCUUACUGAUAAUGAAGUGAUUUAUUUUUGGAACUGAUUAUGUCAGAAAGUGAAGUUAUAGCUCAAGCACAAUAUUCUGACCCAUAUUACUGUGAUUUAAUUAUACCAAAGCACUCUGAACCAAUGAAAUGCCUUUUUCUGUUUUUCAUGUACAUGUAUAAUCUUGUUUACUUAACUCAGGUGUGUAAAGACUGUAUUUAAAGUGAGCGGGGAUAGGGUAAAUAUUUGUUUUUGAAAUUCUGACUAAGACUGCACUGUGUCGCACUUUUCCAAGAGUUGAAGUGUGAUCUUGUGUGAUGUAAUGCAUUGAACGAGCCUGCAGUUCUGCUUUAGGGCGAUCACACGCUGCACUACUACUAAAGAUCCGACAAAGCAGUAAUAUAAAUAUCUAAUAAAUGCUCUAACUGUAAA